AUGGCCACAGAUCAAUCAAACCCAGGAGACUUCAUAAGUUUGCUCAGUAGCGAAGAUGAAACUCCCUUGGCCAAGAAAAGGAAGUCCCCAGACGACGAUUCGGCCAGCAUUGGCGGAAUAGACGCCUCUACAGAGCGCUCUAAGCGUGCUCGGGUAAGCUCUGCCUCUGCUGAUAGCAUCACAGGCGCAAAGGUAUCAGAGGAGGGGGAGAUUGAUGACGAUGAGGAUUCUGAGGGAGAGGUCCGUACCCCUGGUACAGGCGGCGAGGAGAAGAAGACAGGAGGCUUUGCGUCAAGCGGCGUCUUCGUGCCUAAAUCCCCCCCGGCUUAUGCCAGUGACUCGAUAUCACUUCAACUCCCCGUGUUUUCCCAGCAGAGGGAGGGAACCUGGCUUGCAAGAUUCAAGGAGUGGGCGCAACUGCUCUGCACAGCCAACUCACCAAGUGUCACCAAGAUUACGCCUGCGUUAGUCCGAGCUGCCUACAAGCAAUACAUUGAUAUUCACAGUAGACUGAAGCCCAACAAGAAGCGCGCAGCAAGGCAGGCCGCCGAACAAUACGAGGAUGCAUCUCUGGCUGACUUGAUAAAGUCUCUUCAGCCACGCCAGACAGACGCUGCACAGCUCCCAGCGGCGGCGGAGGAAGCUUUGACCGGGCCCAAAGCGCAAACUGACGCGCCCAGCCAGCUUCCAGCGGCUCAGGUCAGCCCUCAGGUCAGCCCUCAGGGCGAAACCCCCGCUGCUGCUGUGCUACUUCCUCCCAUCCCUGUGUUGACAACACAAACUGAUGGUAUCUUUGUCAUUGAUGUGAAGCCGCAGCCUCCCCAGACGGCCAACACUCGCGAACCUCGACCAGUAUCACAGCCGGUGUCGCAGCCAACAUCACAGCCAGUACCUCAGCCUCCCGCCAAAGCCACCAUGUCACAGCGGCCAGGCCUGCCUUCAGGGGACGAGGCCCUCGAGCAACAGCGCCGAUACUUCCCUUCAGCGAGCGAUCCGUCCAACAUGUGCUUGCUCUGCGGGCGAGAGGGCCAUACUGCGGACGGCUGCACAAACUGCGCCUGCAAAUUCUGCGGGCAAGACGACCAUUGGCAAUAUGCUUGCCCAUCUCUUGACCUCAGAUGCGACAAAUGCGACAUUCGCGGCCACUCUACCGCUGGUUGCGUAACAAGCAUACCUAGAGAUUAUCACUUCAAGUGCAGCUUUUGUCAUACAGCUAACCGUCAUGAGGACGAGCACUGUACGGAACCAUGGAGGUCAUUUCAUCCUGAAACGGAGACGAUCAAGAUGGUGACUGCUCUGCCGGUGUCAUGUGCCUCAUGCGGAAGCAACCAUCAUUUCUCUGCCAACUGCAACAUGGAUAGGGUAUCUGAUGAUCCCCCCAAUCCCACCUGGAGCCUGUACAACAUGGGCCGAUAUAUAGACGCAACGAGCAGCUCAUCAGCAAUUAUCGGCGCUGAUGAAUGCGCACCGAGUCAACAGUCAGGAGAACUAAAGAUUCGUGGCCACGCUUCGCGUACCAAUGAAGUCCGUUACUAUUCCGACAGCGAUGACUCGGACGAUGUGCAGUUCCUGGGUCGACGAGUCGCUCCCAAGCCGGUACGGACGGGCCGUAUUAAGGUAUCGGCCAGCCUUCAACCGCCCAACGGAGAUCAGCAACCCCCUCUACCCCCUGGUCCACCUCCUCCUGAGCCGCCGCCGCCGCCGCCGCCGCCCACCAAUCGCGCACCAAGAUACAGCUACUCACAAGCGCUGGCUGGGUCAAACUCGCUCCCCGCCAGACCACCGGUUCCUUCGCGGGACUAUAGCAGCGUACCACCGCCUCCCUCCCAACCCGCACAAGGAUCUCGCCAGCAGUCUGGCCGAGGAGGUCGAGGGGGCAGUCGUGGUGGCGGUCGAGGUGGUGGCCGAGGGGGAAGGGGAGGAGAUUCGGGAGGAGGUGGAAGAAGCAUGGCUGGAUAUAGAGGCUAUGCGAUGAACGCUAGAAAACGAGGGAUUGGAAAAGGAAACAUGAGAUAUUUCCACGGGGUACAUACGUGCGGACGGCAUAUUGGUAUGCAAGCCCUCGCUGCAUGUUUCAGUGUGCCUGCGUUUGAAGAGCAAUGGUGCUGUACUACGGAAGAUGCAGCUGGUAUUCCCCAUAUCCGUAGCUCGUCGAAACACCCAACCACUCAGAGCGCGCCGUGA